UGUAUUCAGAUGUCUCUGACUGUAUUUUUGUUCUCCUAUAGUGGCUAAACUGGCAGAAGGGGGACAUGUUCCAACCGCGAAUGACAUAAAUAAGAGACAACACAUAAAUGAAAAAGGAACUCAACAUAUUGAUAUUAGAUCACACCACCCAUAGACAAACUACACCACCUACACCAAUGCAUCAUCAAUUCAAUGAAAAUUCCCAUUAAAAUUUUGCAUUUGAAACCAUGUUUAAUCCUGGUGCAGGGGGUUUUCCUGUCCAAGUAAACACAGAUACCUUUCCAGCUCUACCUACUGAACAACCCUUCACCUAUGCUGCAGUUCCCCAAGUUUAUGGAACUGCUACAAGCCCUCAACCAGGGAUAAGUCCCCAAGUUCAACAGUGGUUUCAAGCAGUAGAUAGAGAUCAUUCUGGAAAAAUUAACUGGCAAGAAUUGCAAUCGGCUCUUGUGAAUGCUCAAGGACAAAACUUUUCUGAAACAGCAUGUCGAUUAAUGAUUGGAAUGUUUGAUAGAGACAAAAGUGGCUCUAUUGAUAUCACUGAAUUUUCCCAGCUCUAUAUAUAUAUCACCCAAUGGCUAAGCGUUUUCAGAAAUUAUGAUAGAGAUCAAUCUGGGAAUAUUGAGGAAGCUGAACUUACUCAAGCCUUCCAACAGAUGGGAUUCCGAUUUACACCGCAAUUCAUCAGAUUCCUCAUUGAACGAAGCGAUCCUAAAACCCACAACAGAAUGUCAGUUGAUCAAUUCAUUGUUGUGUGUGUGCAGAUACAACGUUUUACUGAAGCAUUUAGAUCACGUGAUUUAAAUCAACAGGGACAAAUUACAAUCCAAUUUGAAGAUUUUCUCAAUGUUGCUUUAAGUUGUUCAGUUUAAGCAGAGCUGCAAGCAGCAAGUUCUUCUCGAUACUUCAAGCUUGAUGUUUUCGUAACAAUGAGGAAUAUUUGCAUGAAGUUAGUGAUAAUAACUCAACUGGACUUGAUACAUAAUUUGCUAGAUGUUCAAUUAUUCCAAUUUAAAAUAUGUAUCCAAGAUUUUAUAAUUUUGGAAAGUUUUCCAUAAUCUGGUGUACAUGUAACAAUCUAUUAAAAUCAUAUUUCUCUUAAGCUUUAAUAUUUUUAGACAUUUUCUAUGGUAGGCAAUAAAUAAUGGUGAAUUAUAA